CAGCAGUACAGGGAAAGCGGAGCAGUGUGAGUACAGGAGAGUGCAGAAUAAGACGAGCAGCAGGGGUGUUUGGCAAAGCAGUCAGGGAACUGAGGCAAGGAAGAUCUCGUGAACGUGUUUUGGUGAGGAUACCAGCGUCUACCUGCACGAAGGCUCAGCCAGGUAGAUGCCACUUUACAAUGGGCCUUAAAACCUUCUGGAAGAGCUACAAGGUCCUGAUUGUUAUGGGAGCUGGCCUUGGGCUGGUGCACUGGGGGUGGUUUCACAUCAAGUCCAGCCCCAUCUUCCAAGUGAAGACAGAGGACUUUGUGCGAGAGCCUGCGAUUGUGGCAUAUGUGAUGCAAAAAGAGAAAAAUAAAGAAAAAUAGCUUUAGGGCUAUUUGUUGUAGAUAUAAGUAGCUUUGAAAAUUUUUCACCUGUGAGUGUUGCCAGAAGAAGAGAUGAGGAAAGCUAGCUGGAGUAGAAAGAACCUUCUACUUGUGGCAGGACUGUCAUUUAUAGGUGUCCAUUUUGGAACCAUGCUUGUGAACUUUGUUGCAAAAAAAUCUGUUCGAUCACAUUCAGACACUAAAAAAGAUGAUCAUUGUGAAUGAAAUAGCUUAUUGUUGUCAUUAUAUAAAUUUCACAAUUUAAGCCUCAUUUUAAGAGAUGGAUCCUGAGCGGAUAAUCAGAUGUACUUAGCAUACCGUUUCACAUUGAAAAUAGUAAUCCUUGGCUACAAAGAUUAAAUUGUAGUAAUUUGAAUUUAAUGUACUGUGAAUUAAAUUUUGAUUUUAAAGUGCUGUGAAUUCUAGAUCCAAGUAAAAACAAAAUCUGAUUUGGAGGCUGGAAUUAAAAUGUUAAUUUGAAAAUGUCUCGUCUUGAAGCUAAAAAGCCUUCAUUAUUUAUUAGUGACCCUUUAACUAAGGAUACAGUUAGCCAGUCACUGUCUCUGUUAAAUAGGAUAUUAAAAUCUUGCUAUGGUCCUGCUGGUAGACUUAAGCAACUCCACAAUGGUGUGGGAGGCUAUGUAUGCAUAACUUCACAAUCUUCAGCCAUACUUGGCCGUCUUUCUGUCAGUCAUCCUGUGUUAAAGGUUUUAACAGCCUCUGUACAGAACCACAUAGCCCGCUUCAGUGACUGUGGCUUAUUUACUGCUAUUCUUUGCUGUAGCUUGGUUGAAAACUUUAAAAGCCUACAUGUUCCAUCUUGCACUGUCAUUAAAAUAUGCAAACAUCUUUUGAGUUUGUGUACUGACUACCUCAAAUCUGAGGCCUGUGGUUGCCGAGUAUCUGUGGAUUUUAGCAAUCUCAAGACUCUUCUUUGUUUGGUACGCAGCAUAUUAACAAGCAAACCCGCUUGCAUGCUUAAUGCAACAGAAGUUGAUCAUCUCACCAUGCUAAUAGUAAAGGCUUUCAUGUUUACUAUUCCAUCUCGUGUUGAGACUAAGGCUGUUUUAGGGAAGUGUGUAACAGUGCCUGUGAAAGGUAGAAGAGUUCUGGAUUCUACAGUUCUUCCUGGACUACUGAUAGAAACACCAGAAAUUCAAUUUGCAGAACUAAUUUCAGUCAAAAGAAUUUCUUCUGACACUAUCAAGAUAGCACUUUUCUGUGUGUCCAUGUCAGGAGACCUCUUCAACCCUGAAGAAGGAACGAUAACGGUCCAUCACAAAAUUUCUCUAGAAAUGUCAGAGCUGAAUCAGUUGCUUAAUGUAGGAAAGCAGCUGGUUAAUGAUGAGGUGGGCCUUGUAGUGUGCCAGAAAGUUAUCCAUCCAUCAUUGAAACAGUAUCUGAAAGAGAAUCAAGUCAUGGCUGUGGACAGAGCUGGGCUAUCUGUGAUGGAACCUCUGAGUCAAAUGACAGGUUCCAAGCCUAUAGCUUCCAUACAUUCAUUUUCUCCCAGUUGUUGCGGCAGUUUGAAGGAUGUAUGCACUAAGAGUUUUGGCUCAAAACAUUUUGUCCAUCUAAUUCCUAAUGACACAGUUGUCUGCAGCUUGGUACUCUGUAACAGAAAUGAAACGACGUGGGAUGAACUGAAGCGUGCCUGUGAAACUGCAGAGCAUGUGUUACAGUUAACAAUUAAGGAACCCUUGGCUUUGUUAGGAGGCGGCUGUACAGAAAGUCAUUUGGCUUCAUAUAUAAGAUACAAGACUUGUGGUCUGUCCACUAGCAGCUUUAAAGAUGCAGAUUGUUCUCAGACACAAUACCAGUUGAUUGCUGAUGCUUUUUGCCGCUCCCUGGAGUCUGUAGCUUGCUCUCUGAGUCAUGAUGAUGAAAUUCUCACAGACACGGUUUAUGGACACUGUUGGCUUGUCCCAUCAGGUUUUCCGACUGCCUCUAAUUGGUCAGAUUUACUCUCAAAAUGUGGCUGCGGAAUUAACAGAAAUACUCAGAAUCUCAAAUGGAGGCUUUUGCGACCCCACUUUGGCUCUCCAACUAUACAGAGCUGCCCAAAAGAGCCUUCAGUAGAUGCUGCUGACUUGCUGACACUGGACUGUUUUGCUGCAAAGUACAGUGGCCUACAAGUAGCUGUGGAGACGGCCAAUCUGAUUUUGGAUCUCUCAUGCAUAAUUGAAGAUCAAAAUUAGCUCUAUGACACGAAUUGUGUUGCACAGUGAGAUACUUAAUCAUACAAUCACAGAAUGAUUUGGGUUGGAAGGGAACUUAAAGCCCAUCUAAUUCCAACCCCCUGCCAUGGACAGGGACACCUCCCACUAGAGCAGGUUGCCCAAAGCCCCAUCCAAGCUGGCCUUG